AUGACGCUGGAACAGUGCAACAGCAAAGGUGGGCCUGUGGGAAAGACAAACACGCAGAAGAAGGGAGAGAUUGGCCAUGUGGACCCCCCAGAUGGUGGCUGGGGAUGGAUGGUGGUGUUGCACUGCUUCCUGGUUAACGUCCUGGUCAUGGGCACUCUCAAGAGCUUUGGGAUCUUCUUUGUGGCGUUCCAAGAUGAGUUUGGGGGCUCCUCGGAGAGCAUUAGUUGGAUCGGCUCCAUCAUGUCCAGCUUGCGGCUCUCUGCAGGUCCUCUGGCCUCUGUGGCUUGCGGGAAACUGGGCAACCGGAUCACCUCGAUAUUGGGUGCAGCGCUGGUUAGCACGGGGUUCCUCAUAAGCAUGUUGGCCACCGGUGCGGUCUUCCUCUACAUCAGCAUGGGGAUGGUAGUAGGUCUCGGCUUUGCUUUCCUGUACCAAGCCACAUCUGUUGCCACAGCAGCGUAUUUCAGAAAGAGGCUGGCAACAGCAUAUUCCAUUGGCCGCUCCGGCAUGGGUCUGACCUUUGCCCUAGCUCCUUUCACUCAGCUCCUUCUAGAGCAGUAUGGCUGGCAAGGAGCUUUGCUCAUCUUUGGGGGGCUCAUGUUGAACCUCAUUCCCUCUGGAAUGCUUCUAAGGCCGAUAAACGUGAGGCCUCCCUCCCUGUCCUCACCCUCAUCUACAACCCACAAAGACCAUUCCAGCAAACUGCCAGGGCCAGAGAAGGACCCUAUCAAAUCUUGCCUGAAUGGACACAGUCCUCUGAUGAACGGUGUUUCCAGAACAGACCCUGUCAUAAGUACCCACUGGCACGCCCCAAUUCCUGAGCUACCGGUCCUGCUUCCAAACGUGCCACAAACCACAGAACUCACAAAGACCGCGGUCAUUAACGGGGUUAACGGGGUUAAUGGGGUUAACGGGGUCAACGGUCGAGUCAGCCCUGCCUUCGAGACAGUGACAGGGGAAUGUGCCUCAGAAACAAACUCACUGGUCCUGAACGGAAAGCCCCCGGCAGCAGGGAACACUUUGCAAGGCGUCGGCAAUCCUGAACAACCCCUGAAAAACACUGAAGUCCUGGAUUUCUCUCUCCUGAAAAACCCGUUCUUCUGCAUCUACACGUGGUCGUUGGUCUUCAGUCAGCUGGCCUACUUCAUUCCCUAUUUCCAUCUGUCGGCCCGGGCCAGGAACCUGGGCAUCGAUCCCAUGGAUGCGUCCUUCAUCAUCUCAGUGGCUGGGAUCACAGAGACAGUGGCCCAGCUUUUGUCCGGCCUGGUGACCGACAGGAACCUUGUGCACAAGUACCACUACCACAAGGCCUACCUGAUCCUGUGCGGACUGGUCAACCUGCUCUCCCCGCUGGCCACCACCUACCUCCUGCUCAUGGUGUACGCCGUGUUCUUCGCCAUCUUCUGCGGGGGCUACAUGGCCCUGCUGCUGCCCGUCCUGGUUGACCUGGUCGGGGUGGAAAAGGUGAACAGCUCGAUGGGUUUCUCCAUGUUUUUUGUGGGCCUUGGCUGUCUCACAGGGCCUCCGCUUGCAGGCUGUCUGUAUGACUACACCCAGACCUACGACUGGUCCUUCUACCUGGCGGGGGUGUGCUACCUGGUCUCCUCCGCCUCGCUCUUCCUGGAACCCCUGGCUCGGAGGUGGCAGGCCCGGAAGACAUGCGCGGCGGCGGAAAGCGAGAGCGCUGGCUGGAAGGGCUGCUGUAGAUCAGAGCCCCUGAAAAAGGGCAUUUUAUAG